AUGAGCCUUAAAAACAAGGUGGUAAUCGUUACUGGUGCAAGCUCCGGUAUAGGCACAGCUACAGCUGUGAGCUUUAGUUCUGAAGGUGCUUGCGUCGUACUUGUUGGGCGAAAUGAAGAUAAAUUAGCAGAAGUAGCCAAAAAGUGUAAAAAUCCUUUAGUGGUACGUGCCGAUGUUUCCAAAGAUGAAGACGUAAAAAAAAUUAUUGACCAAACAAUAAAAAAAUUUGGUCAGUUGGAUGUACUAGUUAACAACGCUGGAACUGCCCUAGGAAUAAGUAACCUGAUCGAAGGAGUAGACAUGAAAUCGUAUGACAGUAUUAUGGCUACGAAUCUAAGGGGCGCUAUUUAUCUGACAAGUUUGGCUGCGCCGUACUUGAUCGAAACCAAAGGUAAUGUCAUAAAUAUAUCGAGUGUAGCGGGUAAGUUGACUCCGCAUAUUCCAUCUUUUAUAAUUUACUGCGUUUCAAAAGCCGGCAUGGAUCACUUCACUAGGUGUGCUGCAGCGGAACUGGGGCCUCAUGGCGUAAGAGUUAAUGCAAUCAGCCCAGGACCAGUUCUUACCGAUUUUAUGGAGAAUAGCAAACUGGAUUUAGAAUUGGAUAAAAUGUGCAACUUAACCAUCUUAAACAGAGUGUCCAAAUCGGAAGAAAUAGCAGAUUUAGCGAUAUUUCUAGCAAGUGACAAGGCUAAGUCGAUCACAGGAUCCGACUUUAUAGCAGAUAAUGGCACGCUCUUAAAACGU